CCCUCUUCGUUCGGAGUUCCGAGCAGAGAGAGAGAGAGAGAGAUGGAUCAUAACUCGCCUCGAUAUCGGUGGAGCCGGAAGCCGGAGGCGAAGCCGAAGCCGAAGCCGGAGCUAUACUCCACCUUCGUGGUUCACUCCGAUUCCGAUUCGGAUUCCGAUCAAGGACGAGGCAAAGGCAAGGCCAAGCACCGGGAGGAGGAUGAGAAAGAUAAAGAUGUCGACCUCUACGCUACGAUGGUCUACAAGGAAGAUGCCGACGGAGCUGGGGAUAACGGGGAAGACGACGACGCUUCGCUUCCUCCCUUACUCAUGAAUCUCCCGAAGGAUUUCGGAGGAGGAGCCUCGCUCGACUAUGACGAGGACGACGGUGGAGACGGCGAUUUCGGCACCGUGGUUAUCAAGACGGAUCGGAGUAGCCGUAGCCGGAAUGUUCAGUACUCUCCGAAGCCGGGCAUGGCGGGUAGUCCCGGAUGGAGGUCGAGGCGGGGGAGAGACGACGAUGACGCUUUCUCCGAUGAGGAUGACGAUGGGGAGGAGUACGGUACGUUUGUGGUGAGAUCGACGGCGAAGAAAGGGAAGAGGAAGGAGAAGGAGAGGGAGAUGUCAACAAUGGAAAGGGCGGUAGCGAGUAUGCAGAAGUCUGGGGAGUUAGGUUUUGGAGGGAAGAACAGGAAAGUCGACUCUUCUUCUCAAUUUCAAGCUCAAGAGAAUCGCCAGAUGCAGCAGCAGAACAGUAAAAUCUCUACGACCUCCAUACCUGAGAGCAUUACCAAGGAAGAUCCGACAACCAAGUACGAAUUGCUUCAUGAACUUGGAAAAGGGUCAUAUGGAGCUGUGUACAAGGCACGAGACUUGAAAACAGCGGAGCUUGUUGCUGUCAAAGUCAUAUCACUGACUGAAGGGGAGGAGGGAUACGAAGAGAUCCGUGGAGAAAUUGAGAUGUUGCAGCAGUGUAAUCAUCCGAAUGUUGUCCGCUAUCUCGGGAGUUACCAAGGAGAAGAUUAUCUUUGGAUAGUGAUGGAGUAUUGUGGGGGUGGAAGUGUUGCAGAUUUGAUGAAUGCUACUGAGGAGCCAUUGGAAGAGUAUCAAAUAGCAUAUAUUUGUCGAGAGACAUUGAAGGGCCUUGCAUACUUGCACUCAAUUUUCAAGGUCCACAGAGACAUUAAGGGUGGAAAUAUCUUGUUGACGGAACAAGGAGAGGUCAAGUUGGGCGAUUUUGGGGUUGCAGCCCAACUUACAAGGACUAUGUCGAAGCGUAAUACUUUCAUCGGGACUCCACAUUGGAUGGCUCCAGAGGUUAUUCAGGAAAGUCGAUAUGAUGGGAAGGUGGAUGUGUGGGCUCUUGGUGUUUCAGCAAUUGAAAUGGCAGAGGGGCUUCCUCCAAGAUCGGCAGUGCAUCCAAUGAGGGUUUUGUUCAUGAUAUCCAUCGAGCCAGCUCCAAUGCUUGAAGAUAAAGAAAAAUGGUCCUUGGUAUUUCAUGAUUUUGUUGCAAAAUGCCUUACCAAAGAGCCUCGUCUUCGCCCAACCGCAGCUGAGUUGCUGAAGCAUAAAUUUAUCGAGAGAUGCAAAUUUGGAGCUUCUGCAAUGUUGCCAAAGAUUGAGAAGGCCAGACAAGUACGAGCUUCAAUUGUUCUGCAAGCGCAAAACGUCGUGCCUUCUUCAGAAGAAGAUACUUCAUCACUGGAUCCAAAAUCGGGUGAGGAUGUCAGAGUUACUGUUCCAUCUAAACCCCCUAGUACUAAAUAUCAAAAUGCCAAUGAGGCACCUUCAACCAAGCAACAAGAUAUAUCUGGUACCACUGUCUUGACUGGAGAAGUUGGUGAAUUCGGAACUAUGAUUGUCCAUGGUGGAGACGAGAUAGAUGAGAGUUACUCCAGAACACAACUUACACGCGAGAAAGAAUCUUCAUCUGCUCAGGUGGAUAGCUCAUCUGUCGGUUUCUCGGGAGGUGAAUCAACCGAGUCAUGGAUUCACAACAAAAGAGGUCCUUCUGCAAAUGAUGUUCCAGCUGAAGAAUCGACUUCACAGAGCUUGCGGGGAUGGUCACCUUCAGUUUCUAAAUCUCCUGAGAAUAAAACCAACCCAAAUAGCUUAUCUGGAGCACAAACCGAAGGUGGCAGUGAUGCAAGUGGUGGCACAUUGAAGAGCGAAACUGUUGGCAGGAAAGCAUUUGCUUUGCAAGAUAAGUUAUGGUCCAUAUAUGCAGCUGGAAACACAGUACCGAUUCCAUUCUUGAGAGCAACGGACAUAUCUCCAAUUGCUCUUUUGUCAGAAGACAUGAUCGGAGGCAUGCAACGUGACGGAAAUGGAACAGUAGCCAUGGAAGCUCUUCAGGAGCUGUUCACUGCUGAUCCACUGAUGAAGAAGGGUCGUCGUGUGCAGAAUGAGAUGCCUCUUCCACCAAGUGUGUACCAAAGGCUGAUGUCAAGUUCAACGCUGAUGAAUCUGGCACAAGCUCUUGCUUACCACAGAACUUGCUACGAGGAGAUGCCAUUACAGGAACUGCAAGCAACACAAGAACAGCAAACCAUUCAGAAUUUAUGCGACACCCUUCGGACAAUCCUUCGACUGUAAGAUUUUGAUUGAUUGCUUCAACGACCGCUCUAACUGGUUGGUUUUUGUGUGGCCGGCCGCUCUCUUGUAUCCCCUGUCUCAUCCUUAAACCACUUCCAUUUAUAGAUAUUUAGGUAAUGGAGGAGAUGAGACAGUUUUUGUUUAUUACAGAACAUCAUGCAUGUUCUUCCUGUACUACUACUAACUUCCAAGUUAUUUGGUUACAGAACAAGCAAGUUGUUGUUCAUCUUCUUG